AUGGAGACGGGAUCAUCAUCGUCUUCGCAGUCUAGACAAUAUGACCUCCAGCAGGGUCCUAUAGAUAAGAGUUUAUUGGUCCUUCAUGAUGAUCAUAGGUGGAACCGUCCUAGAAAAGUGGGAGACAUCACACGAUUUAAUCUAACCGCCUAUCGAGACCAGCUUGCGGUUUUGCAAGAACAUAAUUUUGUUUGGAUGCCGUAUUCUCCUGCUAUUCUAGCAGACAUUGAUCCAUCUUGCUCUGCCGGCUCCGCCAUAUGGAUGUCCCAGACUUGGCUGCUUUAUUUUGGUAUCCGAGAGCCACACAUCCCAGGCAGGGUGUUGUGCCAGUUCGGCUUCUUGCAGCGGGUGCCUGACAACACUUUCAUCAUGGAGAAAAAAGAAAUAGAAAAGUUGCAUAAGGAGACGCGUGGUAAGAAAUGUCGAGAUGACGUCUUACAGAGGUGGGAGAAUCGACACAACACCCUUGCAGGUCUUCAUCAGACGGAUAUGACUCUUGAACCCCAGGCAGCACCGGAAUAUCUAGUGUGGUAUCAAAAUCACACUGUCACUUUGGUCACCAAUCCAUCAGACUAUCGUCACCCUGUGGCCAAUUUAGUGCAAAACAUGCGGCAUAUUACUCUAGAUGGGCUACAACGUAAUCCAGUUGAUUCUUGGAAUCACAAUGCCUUCCUACAGCUGCACGAUUUGACACAAAGAAGCAAUGAUCACGACAAGACAUCUGUUUGGGCUGAUAGUGAGAACCCAAGCCAAGAUUUUGUUCCAGCUGACCAAACCCAGGAGUAUAUCCCACCUAGGCCUCCCAGGACUGACCGAGGCGGCUUCCAGUUAGGGAGUGGGAGAAUGAGAAAACCUGUGGCCACCCAGAAUACCGGCGGGCAAUCUUCUACCCCCCAUGUGUCUCCUUACCGUCCAUCAUCGCCACACCACCAUCCCUCUCCUCCUUUUGAGCAAAUGCAUUUUGAUUCAGAUUUUAUUAAUCUAGAUCCUAAUGCUGGGGGUUUCUUUCAGACUAGUUACGAGGGUUGUCAUCACAGUCAGCAUCUAGGUGGUGACGAUAUCCAUCAUGAUCAGGAAGAUGAUCAACAUCAUGAGGAUAUUGGGGAUCAGGAGCAUGAUGAUGAUGCUGAUGAUGCUGAGCAUUCCUCUCAUGAUCAUUAUGAGGGCGCUGAUCAGGGACAGGGCCCCAGUGAUGGUACCAUGCCUUUUACACCGAUUGCUUUGGGUAAGGGACAGCGGAACAUAAAAAAGAAGAAAAAGUGCUGCAUGACAGAUUCUCAGGAGAAAAAGCGCAAGAUGUAG